AAGUGGCGAUCAGCGGUGAUCAGUGCGCACUGCUGACUCUUGUGUCAGAGCAGAAUGGGUUCAGGUCGUAGGGUUUUUUCUUGAGGGCGGGAAAUAUUUAGUGCAGUUCGUUCGUACGGGAUACGAACCCAAGCGACCGAGAUGUGCGCGUCCUGGUGACAGCGUGUGCGUGUGUACAACAUCCAGCUGGACCCUCUGCUGCCUUCAUGUGUAAGAGCCAGCCGUGCGUGUGUUCGGAUAGUUCUCAAGACGGAAUGUGUUUAUAAUUUGGACCACAAGAUCAGACGAGACCCUCGCUUUCAGAGCACUGGCCGUAAAGACAAUGGUUUCAUAUUACAGCCCCUUAUCAAUGUAUAGACACCAGCAACAGGCCACUGCCUCCACUGGGGGCCCACCACAGUUUCACCAUCCUGCGAGUUCCGCCGCCUCCUGGUACUCGCCGCCCGCGGGGUAUCAGCCCUCUCAUCACCACCAAGUGCCACCACCCCCCCUGCAACAAUACCCAAACUGCGUUCAAGAGGAGCAGCAAAGCGCCGGCCCAUGGCACCACCACCAUCAUCACAUGUUCCAGCCGGAGUGGCCCCCAGAUUUCGGAAAUGGGCCCGGUAUGUUGCCCGCUGCAGCGGUCCUCGAGGACCCGCAGUUACCGUCUCCGCCGAUCACUGUGUCCAGCAGUGAACUGUCGAGUCCGGGCGCCGUGGCCGGGUCGCUCACUCCUCCGCAACAGGGGGUUCGCCCUGCUCGAAGCCCGUACGAAUGGAUGAAGAAGCCGUCGUACCAAAGCCAGUCUAACCCAGGCAAGACGCGCACGAAGGACAAGUACCGCGUCGUGUACAGCGACCAUCAGCGGCUGGAGCUUGAGAAGGAGUUCCACUACAGCCGCUACAUCACGAUCAGACGCAAGGCCGAGCUGGCCGCCAACCUGGGGCUCUCUGAGAGACAGGUCAAGAUAUGGUUCCAGAACAGAAGAGCUAAGGAGCGCAAGCAAAUGAAGAAACGCGACGAGCUGAUGCACAAAGAGAAGAUGGACGCCGUCACCGCGGCGCACCACCAGCUGCAGCAGAUGGCGCCAGUAGUUACAGCCCCGCCGGCCUCGCACGGCGUCGUCAUGUGACCAGAGGAACCGUGGUUCGCAUCUCAGCAGCAGUCUUCCGCGGGGGGGAGAUCAUCUGUGACGGGCGAGUGUUCCCCAGAUUGCAUGACAGCAGAAAGUGUCGGGACAGCGUUUGGACGCUUUCGUGGACAAGCUCCGUGCUGAGUUGUGGCUGCGGGUGUGAACGGUUGAGGAACGCGCCUCAACGAUAGGAUAUUUCACUAACCUAGAGAAUGAAAUGGGGAAAAGAUUGCUUGAAAUAGACAUGCUGCAUACUAAAACGCUUUUGAGGGCGCGUGAUGUAGAUCGUCAUGUGAUCUUAAAACACUCAUUAGAUUAUAAUUUCUGUGUAUAUUCAGGGAUACAGUUGACCUUAUCUUUGGCGUAAUUUCGAGUAUUUCAAAUAGCAACCACAAGAGUUAUUUCUUGUGCCAGAAAACCAGUUCCAUCAGUCAUAUGCAGUCUGUAAGACAGGAAUUCCAACAUUUACAAACGUAAAUUGCCUGGAAUGGCACAUAACACACUUUACCACGAAGUAAUCAAAAACAUAUAUCUCGGCAAGAGCUCGGAGCAGACUGCUUUGCGAUAGGGACCGAAGUGGCAAGAAGUUGAUAGCAAAACCCCUACAAGCAUGGGGACGUGAGUUUGAUCUGAAUAAACUGGACGGAAUCUGUUGGAAAUGUCAGAAGAUUCCAAUUUAUAAGGGCUUAUAUUUAUUUCAGGAAACAUGUGCCUGUGUUCUCCUUACCUGGUACAGUUUUGUGGCACUGAACACCACACAAGCUGCACUAAGCCUUACUAGCUUCUACGUAUUGUAAUAAAGUUUAUUAUUUGAUAUUUGUUUCACAUAGCCUAUUUCUGUAAAGUUUAACAAUUCAUUUUGAUGUUUACACUUCCGAUUUGAAAUAAACUUAGAUACUAAAUUACGUUUUUCUUACAUAUAUAUAAUCUCCACCUGAUUGCGAUCAAGUGACGAACAGGAUUGCGGAAAUCACAGCAAAACUCAGACCUUUCGCAGUACAGAGGACACUGCAAGUUGUACUGCGCGUUUAGGCCAGUGCAAAUAAGCAACUUGUACUGAUUUCAGAUGGCGAGUCUUCAUGAAGAUAUAUAAGAACAGUAUUAUACGUUAUUUCAUUAUCCUGUUGCAUUGAGGUAUCAUUUGCAGUUUUUUUUCCGCUUAUAAUGCAAACAUUUAAACUUAAGCGACGCUGAAUCACAUUUAAUUCACUGAAAUAUUAUAAAAGAUUAUAAUCUUAUGUUAUGUUGUGUGUAGAGGAUGACAGAUUAAAAAAUAUUUAUCAAUCCACUGAACGGCGUUAAUAAUCUUUUGUACUGCUAGUGUUACGGACGAGGAUGAAUGUUCGUUGAAUGUGAUUAAAAUGUAUGUACAUUUCGGUGGUUAUGCUACAUGUUUCAGCCGCACAGACCAUCUUCAGGCAACAUGCUGCACCCUGCACUUAGUCUAAUGGUGCUCUUUGAAACAUCAUACACAGACAGAUAAAUAUAAUAGAGACAGUGUCACACGUAACUUCGAACAAGGCCACGCAUUCCCGCAACCCACCCCUUUGUCUGAAAAUUUUCUUCUGCGCAUUCAAGGUUACUCUUGGCGCUCUUGGCCUUGUUCGAAGUUACGUGACACUUGCUAUAAUAGCGGCAUAUAUCAGAUGAAAUGCCUAGAUUAGUCACUGAAAUAUGUUCAAACUGGAGGAACAUUAAAUAUAAGAUAUAAAGAACGUAUUCAUGCUAUCAGAAAUAUAAGUAAUUCCGGAUAUUCAAAUUAUAUAUUAAAUACGGAACAUAUGACACAAUAAUAGAUAUUACGGACGUCAUAAAGGCAGGAAGGAAAGGCAGGCAUUUAAAUAUUAUGAAAAAAAAUAACAUUUAUAAAAUUGGCAGGAACAAUUUACACAUUUCGUAGCGCACAAUCCUAUAUUCCAAACAGUACAUGAACUUUACGAUAGAUAGCAGUACACUCGCUACCUAGAAAGGUAUUUGAGCGAGGACAACCUCACCAAAAUCAGUACACGGAACACAAAGCAACACUAGAUGCACACAACCAAGAUGGCGUCUCAUCCAAUGGGACACGUAAGUACAAAAAAUACAUAGCAUUAAAAACAGAAUCACAUUAAUGAUACAUUACAGAAACGGCCGCAGUGAAAAAUAUAGGAAUACAGCAUCAGAAUUAAUGAUAACAAAGACGUGCCUUCAGAGCACCAUUUGACCAAGCGCACCUUGCAGCAUGUUGCCUCAAGAUGGCAUGAGCGGCUGAAACAUGUAGCAUAACCACCGAAAUGUAAAUAUUUUAAUGCCAUUUAACGAACAUUUUAGAGAUUUAAAUGUUAUUACUGUCCUUUAUAAUUUAAAUUGUUACAUUAUAGACGAAAACAAGACUGCAAAUGAUGCAUAACACUCUCAUGUUGAUGCAUUAGCACACCAAGCGGGAAUUCGCCGCAUUGUAGGCCAGUUGCAGUCAAUACUUUUGUGUUUCUUAUAUACUUUUAAGACUCCGGCAAAUUUAUUUUUUACGAUUUGUUUCAGUUUUAAUGAUCAGUAUAUUUAAUACAAUACUCUUUAUCAAUACACAACAUUUUGCAUUCCUAGCGACAUGCAUGCCAUCACUAGCGGGUUUAGGUUUCGAACGAAGAUUUUUAACUUUCAGAGAUUAAAAAAUAGUAACUGCCAGAAGGCGCUGAAAUACAAGCAUUGAAUUCGAAUGACGCUAGGAGUUGUUGAUGGGCGCAUUUUGGAAUGCGAAUGAUAAACGUAAAAUGCUUCAGAGAAGUGUCACAUGUUUUGCAUCAUUUUGGAAAACGCCUUUAAUUUCUUCUCCAACUAACGAUAUGUCGUUUUCUGAAAUGGAAUACCGUUUAAUUUGACCCCCGAACAUGAAACCAGAACUGCUUGACAACGUAACUGAGAUGCUUGCAAUCGAUGUCACUGACUGGCGUUAGUUUCAAAGAAAAGUUAGAUAAAGUCAUGCUUAAAUUACACCCCUGAUUUCGUGUAGUUUAGCUGUGGCGAUAAACCGAACUAAAUAGUGCCUUGAAAGCAGCAUUACUUGUGCAGGGAUAGUAUUGCGCCAUAAAUCGGCGCAUGCGCGUUGGGCGCCAUGUACACGCUGGCUGUACUGACGUUCGGAAACUGAAAAUUGUCUCCUCAGUACUGCGAAAUCAACUGAGUCACCCCUUAUAGCAUUAAAGCCUAUGUAAACAUUUUAAGGUGCUCCCAUUCGCCGUUUGGUUAUCCAUUCUGAAUAUAUAUGCUUUCUUUCCUUGGCACUACAGCCCCAGUGGGCCUA